AUGUCGGAUGACAAGACAACUAUCCAGGAGGUUCAUCAGAUGUUCACUUCCAUGCUGGAGGAUGACAUGUAUCGCCCACACGUACUCGAGCUCCUUGCCUCCAAUUACUACGCCAAGUUCAAGGCUACGGGCGCGGCUCAGCAUUUCGAUUCAGCCGUUACGUUGUACCAGGAGGCGAUGGAUUUAAUGCCGGAGAAGGAGCCUAAUCUCGCCCAUAUGAAGGAGGCCAUCAGCGUAGAUUGCUAUGCUAAGUACGAAGACACCGGCGCGAGCGCAGAUCUGGAUUCAGCCAUCCAAUGGGCUGUCAAGGCUGUCGAUUCAACAGAAAAAGAAGACCCGGAGUACGGACAUCGACGCGAUCAUCUUCGGAAGUGUUAUGGCGAUAAAUAUAGCGUCACACACGCAAUCGAAGAUCUAGAUGCAAUCAUUUUGUUAGCCCAAGAAGCGGUUGAUUUGGCAGCAGAGGAUAAUCCGGCGUGUGGGCUUUACUGCCAAGACCUCGGAGUCCAAUAUAUCGAUCGAUACCAGCGAAUGCGAGUGAUAGGGGACCUUAAUACGGGUAUAAGAUAUUCAGAAGAGGCACUCAAUUUGGUAGACACGGAUGAUCCAACGAGACUUGAUGUCCUGUAUUCUCUCGGGGCUGGAUAUUUGGAACGAUACGAUACAAGUCGAGACAUGGAUGAUCUACAGACAGCUAUUCAACACCAUCAAGACGUACUUGACACAGUCUCAGAAGACUAUCCCUACUAUCUCAAACUGCUUGAGUCUCUUUCGGCUGCAUACCAAAGAAGAUACCAGGCAACGAAGGAGAUAGACAGUCUCGAAAUGGUUAGCAAAUUAUACCAGGACCUACUCACACUUGAUCCACAAAACGAUUCAGAACGUGGAGGUCGACUUUGGUACAUUGGAAACUUUUAUAGACAGAAGUACCAUACGACUGGUCAAGUGAUGGAAUUGAGUACAUCCAUAGAAUGGCUACAGGAUUGCGUUGACUCAACACCAGAGAAUCACCCCAAACGGGCGGAACGACUUGGAGAUCUUGCAGACAGCUUCCUCGAUUUGUAUCGAAGAGAAGGAGAGACAUCGAAUCUUCAUAAAAGCAUACAGCUAGGUACAGACGCGCUUAGCUUCACCUCGCAAAAUCAUUCCCUUCGGGUCCAUAUAUCGGGAAUCAUUGGCCACGCAUACAGAGAAAUAUAUGAAGCCGGCGGCGAGAUAUCAAACCUAAAUACAGCGAUCCAGUUUUAUCAAGAAGGUUUAGAUUCAAGGCCCCAAAAUCUUCCCGUAGGGGUAGAGGAAUUUCAGAAUAUCGGGACGGCAUAUGCUCAUCGGUAUGGAACGACAGGAGAGAUGUCGGAUCUGGAAACAGCCAUUCAUAAUAUGCAAAAAGCCGUUAUUCUUACCCCGAGAAAUAGCAUUUCCUUGAGUGGCAGACUGCAGAAUCUCGGAACUGCCUAUCAGACGAAAUACCAACAGACUGGAACAGUAGCGGAUCUGGAUGUUGCUAUGCAAUAUUACCAAGAGGCUGUCGACGUGGGACCGGAAGGACCCGUCUACCGAGCCGCUCUAUUACAGUCCAUUGGAAGCGGAUAUGGAGAUAGAUAUCAAAAGACACGAGCAAUGGCGGAUUUGGAUAGAGCUAUCCAGUCAUUGAAAGAGGCUCUUGACCUUACGCCAGACGAUCAUCCCGAGAGAACACUAACACUUCAAGAUCUGGGAGCGGGAUACGGUGAUCGAUAUGGAAGAACGGGGGAAAAGUCAGACCUCGAAACAGCGAUUUUCUAUGCCAAUGCUGCUCUUGAUUUAACUCCAAAUGGCCAUGUCCGGAGGGCAUCCCGCCUUAAUGGGCUUGGGGCUAACUAUCGAUCGAAAUAUCUUAAGUGGAAGGACGAAAGCGACCUGGCAAUAGCUAUACGAACAUAUCAAGAAGCAGCCGAGCUGUCACUGAUCACUUCCGCGGAUAGAAUCGACGCGCUUCUCGGCCUUGGUUCUGCUUACUAUAAUAGGUACCAAAUCACAAAAUUGAUGCCAGACCUAGAGAUGGCGAUCGAAAGGUAUGAAGAGCUCCUUGGUUUGACACCGGAGGGUCACUCUGAUAGGGUUUAUCCCCUUCAAGGGCUCGGUAUGGCAUACCAUGAAAGAUAUCGAGAGAAAGGUAGGGGAGAAGAUUUAAGUAUGGCCAUCCAGAGCUGUCAAGAUGCUCUUGAUCAAGACCAAUCAGCUGUUGUACAGCGAUUAAUAUCCAUCAGAAAUCUACUAGAUCUGUAUACGCAAGCCAAGGAUUGGUCAUCAGCGUGCAAAGCAGCUUCGACCGCAACCUCUCUAAUACCACGACUUACAUCUAGAUCUCUAGAGAAUUCGGAUAAACAAUUCCUUCUUGCAGAAAUGUCCGGCAUUGCUUCUGAAGCAGCAUCCUUUGUGCUUAUGAUAGGUCAAUCCCCAUACGAAGCUUGCAGGCUUUUUGAACUUGGCCGGGGAAUAAUUGUUGGCUCUUUAAGAGACUUACGGGGCGACAUAUCGGAUCUUGAGGACAGUUUCCCUGAUAUGGCCCGCCAGUAUGUUGAACUUCGCGAUCAGCUCGAUAUAGCAACAUCUUCCACGCAUUAUUUUCCAGUAGAGGACUCUGUCGCACCGGUGCAUCGAAGCGACCAACGGUACUAUGCAGGUCAAAAACUAGAGAAAACGAUUGAAGAUAUUCGGAGCCUGCCGGGUUUCGAUCGGUUUCUUUUAGGCCCUACAGAGGAUGAAAUGAGACAGGCUGCAGCGCCGGGUCCGAUCGCCAUUAUCAACACAAGCAAACAUCGCUGUGACGCUUUAAUUAUCACUAGAGAUAAGCUUGAAGCCUUGCCACUGCCCGGCCUUUAUUACAGCGACAUUCAAGCCCGCGCGGCUCUGAAGACUGAAUCAGUUGAUAGAGAAACGCUGGAGUGGCUAUGGGACACGGUUGCGGAACCGGUGCUUCGAAUGCUAGGGUUCUCCAAAAACCGAGACUCCCCCUGGCCCCGGAUAUGGUGGAUUCUCACUGGGCCGCUUUCCAAAUUCCCGAUACACGCGGCAGGGUACCAUUACUGUGGUUAUGACACGGUUCUAGACAGGGCGAUCUCAUCAUACAGCUCAUCGAUCAAAACUUUGACGGAUGGGCGCAAGUGUCAACUUCAGGAGGAUGCUUCCAUUGGGAAGGUAGUUCUUGUUGGCAUGGAAAAUACUCCAGGCCAGAUGAACCUUCCAUAUGUGCCUGAGGAGAUUAGAAGACUUGGCCAGCUCUGCGAGUCGAUGGGAUUACAAGUGAGCAAGCCGCAGUCGCACCAGUCCGAGGUCCUCUCUGCUUUGAAUAACUGUACAAUCUUUCACUUUGCAGGCCAUGGACAGACCAACCAAUUUGAUCCAUUGAAAAGCGCGCUGAUCCUGGGAGAUGAGUCCCUGACGGUCGAGAGGCUCUUUGAGAUGAAUCUUCAUCAUAAAAACCCAUUUCUUGCCUAUCUCUCGGCCUGCGGUACUGGGCAGACCAAGGACGAUGACCUUGUUGAUGAAGGGCUCCAUCUUAUGGCCGUCUGCCAACUUGCAGGCUUCAAACACGUCAUUGGGACACUUUGGAAGGUAAAUGAUAAGUCUUGUGUGGAGAUAGCAACCAAGACAUACGAAUGGAUCCAAGCGCAUGGGAUAAGCGAUCAGUCUGUGAGCGAAGGUCUCCAUCAUGCAUGCAGAAGCCUCCGCUCCGAAUGGGUUACAGAAAACAAUGCAAGGGGCGUUGCUCUGCAAAGGGCACAGAUCCAAGAUGUUCAGGGCAUCCAACUUUCGAUUAACGCAACGAGAUCACAUCGCGCCACAGAACGAGACGUAAGAGAUGCUGAGUCGUGCGAAGAAACACCGCUUCAUUGGGUCCCUUAUAUACACUGUGGAGUUUAA